AUGCACCCUCAGAACGCCAUUCAUCGGCAGAGCUUGGAGGCCAGGGAUGACUUUUGGCUCAAGGCGUCCAAAGAUAUUUCAUGGCACUUGCCGCCCACAAUUGCUUACGGCAAGACUGAUCUUUCGCGCGAGACUGCGCCCUACGCUCAAGGCAACACCUGGUUCCCCAAUGCUCAGCGUGAGUUCGAGCGUUCGUAUCACGUUGAUGGCGCUGCUGCUCACGCAGUCGCUCCCAAUGCCACAUCUUUCCCCCGCCUACCUUCUCCUGAACCCCAUCGCAAAGUCAAUACGUGCUUCAAUGCGCUGGACAGGCACGUCUAUCCACCACCUUACGCUGGCGCUCCACCUCUUACGCCCAGCCCUCACACUCCACAUUUGGCCAUCGACUCUGCUCUUUCGCAGCGCAUAGCUUUCCACCACGUCUCGCCUUUGCCCUUUCAGAAACAACAGUAUCGAGCCAUCACUUAUGGCGCUGCUUUGGAGUACGUCCAGACCCUUGCCGGGGUGCUCAAGAGCAAAGGCCUCAAGAAGGGCGAUACUGUAAGUGAAGGGAUGGUAUUGCCGCAUGACAGCGCGCCGACGAGUUCUUCUGACAUCCAAUCCCACGGCUCCCAGGUCAUCAUCUACAUGCCGAUGAUCCCAGAGACUGCGCUAGCCAUGCUGGCGUGCGCGAGGCUAGGCGCUAUCCAUUCCGUCGUCUUUGGCGGCUUUGCAGCUCGAGAGCUAGCCAAGCGUAUCGACGACAGUCGAUGCAAGCUGGUUCUCUCCGCUUCUUGCGGGCUGGAGCCACGAGGACCCGUGGAGUACAAACCUCUGGUAGACGCAGCUUUCGGCCACUGCAAGCACAAACCUCAAGGUUUGCUCUUCUUGGCCAGAAACACCAUCUCUGGGCAUGAGCCACCGCAUAUCGAUGCUCGAGGCAAGGCGGGAGUACCAGAGUGGGAUUGGGAAGAGGAGCUGAGGCUAACGAGGCAAGGUGUGGACGGAAGACACAAGUGCUGGUCUUGCGUACCUGUAGCUUCAGAGGAGCCCGUCUACAUUCUAUAUACGUGAGUCGCGCGCCAAGCACUUUCUUGACAGAGUCUUGUUGGAGUCCGCUCACGCGCCAUGAGACUUGUGCGUUCGCAGUUCCGGAACAACCGGUACUCCAAAGGGAGUGACCAGAUUGACGGGUGGGCACGCCGUCGGUUUGAGGUACUCCAUAGAGCACGCCUUUGGAAUGAAGCCUUCGGACACUAUGCUUUGCGCCUCUGAUCUAGGGUGCGUGCAUGCUCGAACACCUUGCUCUGCCGAGUGCGCAAUGACCUAAUGAACCCAACUUGCACGGGGACAGCUGGGUGGUCGGUCAUAGUUACAUUCUGUACGCUCCACUCUUCCUCGGCGCUUCCACGUGCAUUUUUGAGGGCAAGCCCGUCACGCCUGACGCAGGGAUUUUGUGGCGGACGAUCUCUGCGCUGGGUGUCACACAUCUCUUCACGGCGCCCACAGCUCUGCGAGCCGUGCGCGGUCAAGACCCUUCUGGUCAAAUGAUGCGUUCACCAAGCAUCAAUCUUCGCACUCUACGGGCGCUUUUCUUGGCGGGCGAACGAUCAGAACCGACCCUAGUCUCGUUUUACCGAGACCAGUUGCGACAGAUUGCUGCUCCGGGCUUCGAGACGAACGAUAAUUAUUGGCAAACGGAAUCGGGGUCUCCAAUCACCGCUCUGAUGCUGGGCGGUGCUUGGCACAACUUGCCCUGCAUCCCAGGCUCUGCAGGCUUGGCUCAGCCUGGCGUGGACGUUCGCAUCGUCGACGAUGCUGGCAACGAAGUUCGCGAAGCGGGAAAGAUGGGCAACCUGGUCGUUGCUCCUCCCCUGUCGCCCACCUUUCUGGGUGGUUUGUGGAAUAACCAGGCUGGUUUCCACGAUGCUUAUUGGAGCCGUUUCCAGAAACAGGGAUGGUUCGAUACGGGAGAUGCGGCCGUCAAGGAUGAAGAGGGAUACAUUACUAUCUUGGCUAGGUCUGACGACAUCAUACAGGUCGCCGGUCAUCGUCUGGGCACGGGCUUGCUGGAACAAGUCCUCACUUCUCAUCCCGACGUUCUCGAGGUGAGUCGGCGGACUGGGCACGAGGUUCUGGAUCUCAAUGUCAAGCGCUGAUUCGUGCAUCGCCUUCCUCUCCGCAGUGCUGCGUUGUGGGAGCACCGGAAAAGACAAAAGGAACAGUUCCAUUCGCCCUCGUCGUCGCUCGUUCGGACCGGAAAGAGCAAGACGUUGAAGCGAUACUCAAAAAUGUCAACGAGCACCUUCGAGCAGAGGUUGGUCCCAUAGCACGUGAGUCGCCAUCGCCUUGUUUUCCCAAGCAGCCUUGGUUGUGCGCCAACUGACGCUAGCAACCGUGACACGAUAUCAGAGCUUGGCGCGCUCGUCCUCACUUCUGCUCUGCCAAAGACGCGCUCGGGCAAGACGCUUCGAAAGGUAGUCAGGGUCGUCACGGAGCAGGCAGCAGAGGGCAAGAGCAGCACGGAUAUCAGUCGACUUCCGGUUCCGCCCACCAUCGAGAGCAUCGACGCGGUGCACAAGGCAGUCGAAGCGAUCGAGAAGCACUUUGCGAUUCGCACCAGAUUGUAG